CUCUCAUUUCUCUGCAAUAUAAAGCCAUACUUAGCCAGUGAUUCCCGUGACUUUAACCUGCACAAGAGAUAAAAAUCAUGGCUUUACAUCAUCACAAAGUAGCCCUCAACCCCCCUGUGCCCAUCACCUCUUCACUUGUCCCUCUCACAUUUUUAUUAUUUCUUUAAAUCUGUUUUCUACAGAUCACAGCUCCCUCUACCCCUCAGUUCACAGCCAUCUCUCUCUAGAGUAAUAGCUUUCUAUACUUGUUCAUUUCUGCUACUGUACUAUUACUGGCCGUUUUCUCUAUAUAAGAAACGGAUAAGUGAAAGAAAAUGCCAAGCUCAGGCUCAUUUUUGAGGCAGCUGAGUGGCAGAGAAACUUGGAGAUCAACAUCCAGGAGGUGGGGUUGUAGUAACAAGCAUAGCUCUGCUGAAGAGAGGAAUUUGAAGCAAAUGGAGGGACUUAACAUGUAUGGUGGUGAAAAUGGUGGGUUGGGUUUGAGAAAGAGAGUGAUGGUGGUGGUGGAUAACACUUCUCAUUCCAAGCAUGCAAUGAUGUGGGCACUCACUCAUGCAGCUAACAAGGGCGAUUUGCUUACUCUGCUUCACAUUAUCCCUCCUGCCAGCAAGGGUGGUGGUGAUAGGGCUCCUGGGUCUGAUUCUUCUUCUUCUUCUCCUUAUCUUGUGAAUUCUCUUGGCUCCCUUUGCAAAGCUUGUAAACCUCAGGUGGAAGUGGAAGCACUAGUAAUCCAGGGGCCAAGGCUAGCCACAGUGAUAAACCAAGUGAAGAAGCUAGAUGUGUCUGUCCUAGUAGUGGGUCAGAAAAAACCCUCACCCCUUACCAAUUGUCUGUGUGGGAGCAGCAGCAGUGAGGAGUUUGUGGACCAGUGUAUCAAUAAUGUAGAGUGCCUGACUAUUGGGGUGAGCAAGCAAAGCAAAAGCGUUGGUGGAUACCUUAUCAGCACCAGAUGGAAGAAGAACUUCUGGCUCUUGGCUUAGUUCAAAGUUAUUAACUUCAGUUAGAUAAACUUGGUUAGAUAAAUGGGUUAUUGUUAGAUCCUAAUCUCACCCUCUGUAAAAUGUAAACAACUAAGUGCUAACUUCCUUCGUAAUGUACCAAUGAAAUGUCUAAUGAGAAUCUCUCUCUUCUAAGCUUCAUAACCAA